AUGAAGUUCUUUUGCACCCUCACUCAUCCACCAAACCGACUCUCCCCCUCCAUUCUCCCCGUGGGCCGUCAAGUUGUCUCUAUCUGCGCCCCCAUGGAUCUGUCAUCUCUAGAGGGCCCUCCACUGCCAGACCCGCAGGAGGAGGAAUUUCUUCCUCCUUACCCGCCUGAGCUGCGUGCGCUCGAACUCAGCCCGCCAUCACCAUCCUCACGCCAUUUAAUCCCGUCGCCGCUACAACCACGACGAACGGAAACAGAAACGGCAGAAGACCCCAUAUCACCACUGCAAGAGCGACGCAGUCAAAGGAACCAUACGGAGGGGAAUCUGAAGGAGGGGAAUUAUCUGAGACGGGCCCUAGCCAAACGAGGACGAAGAGGUCCCGGCGACCAACUGCAACUCCAUAUCAUUCCGACAGAGGAGCAGCAACCACAACCACAACAUGAAUGUCCAGAACCACCUCCACGCCACGCCCCCAACCCCUUCCGUCCUGACCGCCGCCGACUAAAGUCCAGUCAUCGCCUCGUCUGGCGGGAGGAGGAACAGCAAUGGAUCGUUCUAGCUCCGUUGCCCGAAAUCCAAAGCGAUGGGCGAGUCUCUCAAGCAUCCAGUUCGGCUAGUCGAUUCCAGUCGUUUUCUCGGAGCCCAGUGAGCCCGAUGACUCCUCAAUCCCCUCAAUUCCCCCAGCAACCGCAGGACCGCAGAAUCAGUGACAACCGGGUGCACGGCGAGAUGCCUCCCCCCUAUGAGAGCCAUAGAUUCGGUCCAGCAACACAUACUACUUCAAGAUGGGCCGCUGUCACACGGCGAAUUCCAGGCUUGUCGGUUGGGUGA